CAGCAUAUGUCAUUGAACCGGAAAAAUGGUUGAGUUUGUUGGUCAAAACCACAAGACAGAUGUCAUGCCCAUGGCUGUGGCUGCGUCGCUGUUUGCUUACAAACCAAUGGCACCAGUGUAUGACAAUGGCACUAGAACCUGUUUCUGUGCUCUUGGUGCCCGUCCCUGGUUUCCAAAUGCGUCUGAGGGCUUGCAGUUGCAAUGUGAACCUUAUUUGACCGAGCGCCGUGGAAAUGCUUGCGCUAGGAGUGGAAGAAGCUUGUCAGCACCACGGCAAUCCGAAUCAGGGUGGAACACCCCCAUGAAUUCUCCCCGCCCUGCUCCUUCGCCGGUCCCCAGCUUGCAGCUGCCGAUGGGUCAAGAGGUGCAUUGGCAGCGAGGGAGGUGUAGCACAUCUCUUUCUCCAACGGCGUCGGCUCGUGUAUAUUGCGGGCAUGGUUUGAUUCCUGAGGGGCCAGCCAUCCCUCCUCAACGCACAUCAUCGUUGAAUCCAUCGCUGAGUCGGUUUCCCUUCAAUGCUUUGAGUUCGAUGGCGAGGGAUGCCAAUGCAGGAAUUGGGGAUCCUGCGCCUGCGAGCAUGAAGUUUCUAUCUCGGGAACCUCUCAUGAAGUCGGCAGGCGAACUUCGAGAGCCAACCCGAGUAAAGGAACAUAAAAUGGCAGAAAGACAGUUGAGACAAGGAAAUCACCCGGUGACGGAGAAUCAGGGACAUCACGUACUAGACCCAUCGUCAGACUACGUCAUUUAUGCCCAAAAAGUGCCAAAAAAAGAUGCUGGGGCAGGUUUCCAGGCAGGAGACAUGGGCACGGCAGAUGCAAGUCCAAAGAAUAGUGUGUGGAAACGGUAUUUUGCUCAAGGAGAGGCGAUGCUUGAAGAAGUGCUUCCUCACAGUCAUGCCCCAGGAAGUGCCUUGGACUCUUUGCCAAUCACUGCUCCCAGCUCAGCACGACAUGAGCACGCGUUUGAGAAUUCCAAGGAGGAGACAGAGAAAGAGAAAACAGCACCGGCGCGGGCCAUUCCAGAAUCUGAAAGUUCGGAGGGCAUCAAGAGACAAGAUUUGACAAAUGUGCCAGGUGGUCUUCGAACUGCAGUUGAAAGAUUUGGCAUGCCCUCGCCAGCACAUGGCGAAAACUUCUGUGCUGCAAAGACAGCAUCGCAAACAGACUCCCAAGAGGGGAGUGAGGUUUUCACGGCCGGAUGCCCACCUUCGACCCUAAUUCGCACUGAAAGAUCAUCCAACAGCUCUGGGACCACGGAGUUCAAGCAUCAAAGCCAAAGCGAGCUGAAAGAGUUGAACACUUCGAUUUCAAUCCAGGGCCGCGCGUCUGUUGAUGGUGCCUUCGUGCCGGACCCUGACCAAGUCAAGGCCAUCGAAGUAUCUGCUGCCAACGUGUCUGCAGCUGCACAGAGCAUCUCGUUGAAACUUUUGCAUGAACUUCGCUCCUUCCGCCAACCUCCUGCCGUCAUUCGCCAAGUCGUGGAAGCUGCUUUGAGUUUGUUUGGUGUGAAGGCUGCAUGGUCCACAGGACGACGGCAUUUGGACUCCCACUUUCUUCAAAAGCUGAAGUCUUUUACACCUCUAGAAGCUGCCAAGUGUCCAUCAGCUCAAGUGCACCAGUUUUUUGAAAACUUAGAUGCUCCAGCAUUCAGUGAUCAAUCAUUGCUGAAUAAAUGUCGAGGAGCAGCACCACUGGCUCAGUGGUGCUUCGCAGCUGCAGCUUUGCUGCUUCAUUUGAAGGUGUCAGAUACUUCCAACAAGCUGAGUAAUCGAACCGGGAUAUUCCAAGUUCACAAGGCACUUGGUCUUGACCAAGCGCAGAGGCACAAAGCGAACAAAGCAAGCAAAACAUCUAUCGUUCCAGACUUGGGAGGCCUUUUCGUCAAGCCCGCCGUGUGGGAGUUAAGCAUUGAUGAGCUGCAGCAUGUCGAGGAUUUGGUGAUUGGUCGAGAGGGUGUUGGCCAGGUCACCUUUCCUGGACAGACGGACUGCCGUGGCCUCAUCGAAAGCUUGUCACAGAUUCUGUCAAUCCUUCCUGGUGAAAUUGUUCUCUACCCGGAUGCAACUUUGAAGCCACCAAUCGGAGAAGGCUUGAACAAGGCUGCCAGUGUGGUGCUCUUCGGCUGCAUGCCCAAAUGCCAAGCGCGGCUAUUGGAUGCUAAGGCCCAGCAGCGGUACAAACAAAGAGUUGCACAGAUGACCGAGGAGAAAGGUGCAAUUUUCGAGGAUUAUGACCCAAAUGACGGAACCUGGAAGUUUCGCGUGCCCCACUUUUGACUUCGACCGUGCCAUUCAAAA